CUAAUUCAAUUUAAUAUGAUUAGGUUUGCGACACGAGCUCCACCGUAUGCCCACUAUACUCAACAUGUCAAAAUGACCCUGCGGGAAAUUCAUUAUAUAGUUGUAAGUGCACACCAGCCACAUCAUUCACCGCCACCAGCAAAACCCAGGUUGAUAUCUAUCAAGCCGUUGGGUCCGACGAUAAACACGUGAUUGAGAUUUGCUCUGUGAACAAAGUAUGUAAUGGUGUAUGUACGGCCAAUGGACAGUGUCACGUGGCUGUGGAGGAAAAGGCUCCUAAUUCAUUUGAGGCACUUCCGAUCUGUGUGUGUAAUAAAGGUUUCACAUACGACGGCGCAUUGUGCAACGAUAACUGCGGCCACAAGGACUGCCACGGGAACGGAAAGGCUAAGCCACUGCCGGACGGUAGCUGUGCCUGCGAUUGCAAUGAGAGGUAUUACGGUCUGGAGUGUGAAUCCGAGUACAGUGUGUCAAACGGCGGUUGGAUCGCCGGUAUUGUGGUGUUGGCGGUGGCCGUUGUGGUCGUUGGUAUUGUGGCCGGAAUAUUCUUUAGAAAAUCACGCAAGAAUUCUGGUGGUCACCAUGGUCAACACAUGGAUGACUUUGGGUCCGCCACCGCAUACCGACCGCCCAACAGCGGUCAGUCCCGCAGCGGCUCAACUAACCCGGCCUAUACACGCGAUGGCGGCGUAUAACACGUUGGUUUAAAUUACUUGUAAAAUUAAACAUUUGAUAUUGGUGGUUUUGUAUCUUAAGAAAAAUACAAUUUCUAUUAUUUUAAUAAAUUUGUUUUUAAAUAUUUUAUAACUUAUAAUCAGACGCUUUGUUUUCAUAUAUUAAAUAAUGUUUAAUAAAUCUGUAAUUAUUUUAUUCAAAAA